GUAGAAAUUCCCAAAACGGUCAGGUAUAUAUGUACCUAAAAAAGCUCUGAUUGUGUAAAUAUAUGUAUGUAUGAUGUAUGCGUUGGUUGAACCAUGUGGAUUUCUUGUUGUAAGAGUCGUAAAGAAAUAGAAGAUUCUUUAUUUUGUUGACAGAAACUAAAUAUAAAAAAUGUCAGAGGUUAACGAUCUAAAUUACAUUCUCAGUAAAAGUGAAAAUAUUGGUAAACCGUAUAAACCGUCUAAACUUGGUUGGUGUCUCGUUGGAAUAACAGGGGGUAUUGCUACAGCCAUAAGUGUAGUAUGUAUUCCUUUUGUGAGUCCUGCAUUUCGUAAAAUAUGUUUGCCUUACGUACCAGCUACCACUCAACAGGUACAGAAUGUAUUAGUAGCCUUAGAAAAGCGUUCUGGCUCUUUGAUUGAUCUUGGAAGUGGAGACGGGCGUAUAGUUUUUGCAGCAGCCAAAGCUGGAUUCAAAGCUCAUGGUAUUGAAUUAAAUCCUUGGUUGGUAUGGUACUCCAGGUUAAAAGCUUUAUUCACAGGAUUUUCAUCCCAAACAAAAUUUAUUAGGCAAAAUCUAUGGACAUAUAAUUUAAAUAAUUAUAAUAACAUUAUUCUAUUUGGAGUAGGUCAAAUGAUGCAAGAAAUAGAAGAUAAAUUUUUGAUGGAAUUACAGGAAGAUUGUACUAUAGUUGCUUGCAGAUUUCCACUUCCUAAUAUGUGUGCAAUAAAAGUAAUAGGAGAAGGAGUUGAUACUGUUUGGGUUUAUAAAGUUCCAAAAAAGAGUUAAGAAGGUAUCAGAGCUUUUAAGCAAAACAGAAAAUUUAUUAUUGUUAUAAAGAUUAUAAUUAUAAAUAAAUUAUUCUAGGUAACAAGUAAAA